GUUUUCUCAUGCAGUUUUUAAGAGAAAUGGAAGAAUAUCAUCAGUCCAGAAAGAGCUGUGAUGUGGGAACUCAGACAAGUUCAACAUUUCCUAGCAAAGACUCUCUUGUGGAGAAGCUUCAGCUUAUUGACGAUGAGUUUGCAGGUGCUUACCCUCAACGUCCAAAGUUAGAAUCCUUAGAAGUAAAGUUAAAUGAACAUAAGAGAGAAAUGGAACAGCAGCUUCGGGCAGAAAUGUGUCAAAAGUUAAAGUAUUUUAAAGAUACUGAAAUAGCAAAAAUUAAAAUGGAAGAGAAAAGAAAGUCUGAGAGGGAAUUGGCUGAGUUCCGGAACGAAUUGGAGAGAGCUUGUCAAGCAAAAUCUGACGCCCUUAUUUCUCGGGAAAAGUUGUCUCUUGAGAGAAUUCAGAAGCACCAAGAGAUUGAAACCAAGGAGAUUUAUGCUCAGAGACAACUUCUCCUCAAAGAUAUAGACGUGCUAAGAGGCAGAGAAGCAGAGCCGAAGCAAAGAAUGGAAGCUUUUGAAUUGGCUCAGCGGCUACAAGAAGAAAAAAAUAAAAGCGCAACUGAUGCACUUAGUAAACGGGAGCUGAAUGUCCAGAGUAUUGAGGAGACCUAUGACCAAAAGAUCAAGAAUGAGCUUCUCAAAUAUCAACUUGAACUCAAGGACGACUAUAUUGCUAGAACUAACAGGCUGAUAGAAGAUGAAAGGAAGAAUAAAGAAAAAGCUAUACGUUUGCAAGAGGAGCUGAUGGCUAUUAAUUCAAAAAAGGAAGAACUCAGUCAUUGUAUAAAUCGUGUCAAAGAGCUUGAGCUUGAGUUAGAGUCGGUCAGAACCCAGUCUUUGGCAAUAAGCAAACAAAACCACCUGCUGAAUGAAAAGGUGAAAGAAAUGAGUGACUAUUCGCUACUGAAACAAGGAAAACUGGAGCUUCAGGCGCAAAAUAAAUUACUUAAACAACAGCUGGGAGAGACCAGAAAUGAGAACUUGCCCCUUCUAAACCACCUGGCUCAGCCUUCUCCAGAGCUGGUGCCUUUUCAGAAAGAACUAAAGAAAGCAGAGAACGCUGUCGUGUGUGAGCAUAAGGAGUUCGAGAUCCACAGGCAGAACCUGCAGAAGCAGCUGCAAAGUGAAAUUGAACGUUCUGCACAGCUGAAGGCCCAGAUCCUUGAUUACGAAGAUUGCAUAAAGAGAUUAAUGAGACAGGUGGAUGAUUUGAAAUUGCAACUGAAACAAACUCAGACGGCCCUAGAGAACGAGGUGUACCGCCACCCAAAGAAUUCUCUGCUCGAUCGGCCCAUCAGCGGAUUAAUGGGUGGCGACGUGGUGGUACCUCACAACGAUGUAAGCGGGGAUUUCUUGAAAGAUGCUUUUGGACUGGAAAGGCUGACGGCAGGCAUGCUUCUGUCAAGGAUCGCAAGUGACCCAAGUGCGAGCACCGGGAGUAGUUCCCCCGAUUCUGACCUGGAGUUUGUAGCCAAGACCAAGGCAAGGGUGAAAGAGCUAGAGGAUGAGGCCGAGCGUUUGGAGAAAGCUUUCCGAACUUACCAUCCAAGAGUUCAUCCACGCCCCACGGGAAGGUCUUCAGCAACCACGAGCUCGCCACCCCUGCACAUGACAGGAACACCCAAAAAGGCCACUUCCAGUUCCCCUGGAAGACCUACUUCCGUAGAGGACGCGGCUGUCCCUGAGCAGCCUCUGGCAGGCACACCCGAGGAGGACAGGAGCAGCGCUUCGGCUUCUGAGGCACGGCCGCACAAGGGCACGCCCUCCAGACGCCUCUCCUCCACUCCGCUGCCAAAGGCCGAAAGCAGCCUCCUUGCUAAAGCGUAUCUGGAAGGUGAGCUGCCAAGAGGGUUGUGGGGUGCUCUGCAUUUGGAAGCUUCUGGUGCUCAGAGGGCCUCUGAGCCGAGGGAGAGUGCUGUCCAGGACGGCAGGAAGGAGCCAACAACCACAAGCUUUGCACUGGGUGAGCAGAAGCCACCCUCUGGGUCACUUACAGCCCCACUUGUCUGACCUCGUGCCCUGCUCUGUGUGACCUCAUGCUCUGUUCUAUGUGAUCUCAAGCCCCCCUGAGUGUGCCCAUGUGACCAACUCUGGGUGAUCUUGGUUCCUGUUCCAGGAACCCCUCUAACCCCAUUCCAUCUGAGCUGGUACCCCUCUCUAAGUGACCUCAAGCCUGCUGUGGGUGCAUUCAAGCUCUGUUGUUGGUGACCUCAAGCCCCACUCUAGUUCAGUAUGUCCCCACUUUGGGUGAGCUGGUGUUGAGCUCUGGAUGACAUAGUACCCCUCUCUAGGUGAGUUGGAGCCCUGCUCCAGUUGAGUUCUAGCCCUGCUCCCUGUGACUUCAGUUCCCACUCUGAGUGACUUCAUGCCCCGUUCCAGGUGACCUUGAACCCUGUUUCUGGUUAUUUUGUGCUUUACUCAAGGUGAGCUUGAGUCCUGUGCCUAGAUGAACUUGGGCCCUGCUUCACUUGAGCUAGAGCCCUGCUCAGGUGAGCAUGUGUACCACUCUUGGUGAGAAUGAGAGUGGCAUCAGUGGGCAUGAACGUUGCCUCAGAUGAGCUGGAACCCCCUUCUUGUUGAGCUUGUGCCCUGCUCCUGGUGAGCACUAGUCCUGCUCUGGGUGAGCUUGAACCCAGCUUUGGGUGAGCAUGUGCCUGGCUCUGGUUGAGCUGGAGCCCCUCUCCUCACCUUGAGCCUUGCUCCAGGUGACCUCAUGCUCUGCUUCUAGUGAGCUCAUGCCCCACUCUGGGUGACAUCAAGCCCUGCCCUUAUGAGCAUGAGCUCUGUUCCAGGUGAUCCUCCUCUUUCUGCCCCUUGCUUACUUGUGUCCUCUCUCUCUCUCUCUCUGAAAUAAAAUAAAAUGAAAUCUGUUUUGUACUGUCUUAAAAUAUACCUGUUUACAUUUUUUAAUUUAAAUUUUUGUUAUUUCUAAUUUAAAUUUAUUAUAUUCAGCUGUUGUAAUCUGUAAAUGUUGAUAUUUUAACAAAUGUACUGAAUUUCUGUUAACAUAAUGUGGGUAGUUUAUGUGAAUAUCCUAUUUGUGUUUGAAAAAACAAUGCAUAUAAUGUGAUUACAAGUUGUUGGGUUGCACAUAAUGCCCAUGAUAUAAAUAAUUUAUUUUCUUAUUGAUA